AUGUCGAUAAGCUAUAGAUUUUUAAUAGUUGGUGCUUGGAUUGCCGCCUUGGCAAUCAUUAGUCCAGUUCCUUGUCAUGGGAAGAAAACUAUUCGUGGUCAUAUGCAGCCUUUAGGCUAUCAUCGUGAUAGCGAUGGCCAUGUUGAUACUUAUGAAGCUAAUGAACUUCCAUCUGCGACUGAUUUUUUUAAUAAAUAUGUUAAAGCGAAAAGGCCAGCGCUCUUUCGUGGUGCUGCUAAACUAUCUCCUGCCAUUGCCAAAUGGACUGAUGAAUAUUUAUUGGAAAAUUUUGGCGAUUUACAGGUCAAGUUAGAAUCGAAAUUGGAAAAAAAAGUCGUACCUGUUGGUGAUGUUGGGCUAGGACGUGACUCUAUCAGGCACUUUCUAAAUACGUAUAAAGCCCGAGAUGUCUAUGUCGUUUCUCAGUUGCCCGAUCCCAUGGCCAAAGAUGUUAUGGUUCCGCCAUAUCUAACUUGCGGUUCAUUUACUAAUCGAAUUAUGGAAGCCAAUUUAUGGGUUAGCAAUGGUGGUACAAGUAGCUUAUUGCACAAAGAUGCUUUAAACACCUUAAAUUGCCUCGUUAAUGGCACUAAGGAUUGGAUCAUGAUCAGUGAUAAACACAUCAAAAAUGUACCUAUGGCUAAAGAACCUGAAUCUGAAAUUGGAGGUUUCUCCAUGUUAAACGUCGAUAAAGUAAAUAUGGAACGUUACCCAAACUUUGCUAAAGUACCAUGGCAGUAUGCAAAUGUUACACCAGGCGACUGCUUGUAUAUUCCAACAGGUUACUUACAUCAAGUUCGUUCAACUGGACCGAAAAAUUUAGCGUACUCAUUGUUACUCGACUACAAUCUUAUUUAUUUGCCCAAAUUUGACAAUACUGGAUGUAAUGGAAAUCGUGACUAUAAAAUAUUGGAUGCUUCCAAAAUCGUAUGGAAUUAUCCUGGCUUUGGUUCCAUGACCAUGGGCAAUCCAAGUCCUUGGGGUAUCAGGGAUGGAUUUAUCCGGACGUUUCGAGGAGAUAAGAAAGUUAAAGCUAAAAACUUUAUUAAACACAUUAGAAAACGUGGACUAAUCAUGGAAGAUAAUCCAGGACGUAUGAAAAUCCAAAUAAGAGCUUUUGAAGAGUUUUUUGAUGUUAAAAACAAGGAUUAUAUCACGUCAAAAGAUGUUAAGGAGCUAUCAUUCAAAAAUUGGACUUACCUCACCUCAUUCCUUGAUCCAGAUUUUGCAAAUAGAGAAGAUUUUGAAUACUAUAAUAUGGAUAGAAGGCUUAUAAAGGGAGUAAUUAAGAAAUCAAUCGAUAAAAAAACCGGAGGAUUAGACAAGGAACUAUUUAUGAAAAAUUAUCUGAAAGUAAGAGGUUCUGUCCCGUUCGGUGAAAAGAACAUGGCAGUACUAGAUGGUGAUAAUGAUGGUGUUAUCACCAAAAAAGAACUCAAAGAAAACUUAGAAAAAUUGCUCAAGUUAUUCGAUACUGAUAGGGUUGACGAUAUGGUAGAAGUCACGGAUAAAGAUUAUCUCCAAGGUAGAGAUGGAGGUGAUAAUGGUUAUGACGAGUUUAUAGAUGAGGAAUCGGAAGAAGAUAUUGGCCAGGAAGGCGAACGGCCUCGAGGAUAUGACGAAUCAGAGAACGAAGAGGAGGAAGGCUAUCGAGGCCAAAAUGGCGACGAUGAAGCCGACGAAGAUUACGAAGACCCACGAAGGGAUCGUGAUGAAUUAUAA